GCGAUGGGACGAGCUUGAAAUCGGAACGAGCAGAAUCAUCGUCUCGUGUAAGAGGUUCACGGAAGACGUGCCCUGGCGAUCCUGGGGCGAAGUGGCAGGAGCACGGGGAAGACGAAAUUGCGGGAUCUCGACUCUCUCGCUGCGAAUGACGGUGGCUGCCCAGAGAGAGAGAGAGAGAGAGCUUGUCCCGAGGCGCAAGCCCGCCGAGGACGGACUGAGUGACCGACCGACUGACUGACAGCAGGGGCGAAAUCAUGGUAGGGCAUCGAGGGCUAUCGAGCAAGCAAGGUGCAUGCGUCAAAGGUCAACUGGGUGGGGCCGGGACCUGGGACUCGACGACGAGAUGCUGGGGCCCACGAUACACUCUGUAGAAGCGUAAGGGGAGCAGCGCAGCGGAGGUCAUGGGCAUGGGGCGCAGCAGCACCAGCGAAUGCAAAUGUGGGAAUGGCACUGUUGUUGCUUUCCGGACUCGGGGAGUGGAAGUGAAGAGCAGAGCGGAGUGGAUUGAGGGGUGUGCCGAGAGGAAGAGGCCACGAAAUCGGACGAUCGCAGCGGCAGGGAGGGGAGCAAAUAGUGGCAGCAGAGGAAGAGGAAGAGGAGGAGAAGCAGGUGGUGGUGGUAGUGGAGGAGGAAGCGGAGAGAAGGACGUUUUGGCAGUCGGAAAGGGAAGGGAGAGGUCGAAGGAGGGAGGCAGAAAUAGAAUUACAGGAUCGAGGCCAAUGCAAUCGCUGACGUCGUCGUUGAGAAUCAUAUGAUUGCUUCUGUACUUUGACGAAGUGGUGUAGAUAUAUAGGUGGAGAGAUAGAUCUGCUGCUGCUGCUGCCGCCGCUGCUAUGGAAAGGAAAUGAAAAAAUACCGUAGAGGUAGUGGGGACGGUUGGAUGUGAUUUGUCGUGCACUUCUAGGUACUGGAAAUGGGCUCUGAGGUGAAGAAAGAGGUGGGUUUGCCCCCACGCCCACCUCGUUCGGCUGCAGCUAAAUUACGAUGGCGUCUUCUUUCCCGGGCUAUUGUGCCUUCUCAUCAAGGUACAGCAAUUGAUGGGGAGCUCAAGAGAGUAUCUAGGAGACCCGGAGGACGAUAUAACCUAGUCCCUUGCCGAAUCGUCACCAGUCAGGCUAAAUCGGGUGCUCCUGAGGAAGAAUCCUUGAUUGCAUCUAGGUUGAAUGGGAAGGAUGUGCUGUUGGAGUACACAAUUCCAGUAGCCACCAGCAUGAAGUUGAAAGUACGGCAAAAGCAUCAUAUGGACCUGCAGGACUUUGCCAGGUGUCAGAAAAACGCUAUAGACAAUACAGGCAUUAUCUGCUUGUGGCCAGCGGAGGAGGUCUUGACUUACUUUUGUGCUGGUCAUCCAGAAAUCUUCAGGCAGAAGACUGUUAUUGAACUUGGAGCCGGCUAUGGACUGGGAGGACUUGCUAUAGCUGCUUGCACAGAUGCGGCUGAAGUUGUCAUAACCGAUGGAAACCCUGAAGUAGUUGACUAUAUUGAGCAGAACGUCCAGACAAAUCGAUCGGCCUUUGGGAAUACCGCAGUAAGCUCCUCCACUCUUUACUGGAGUCGCGACCAAGUUCCCCUUUCUGGCCGAACCUUUGACUUGGUGGUUGCUGCAGAUUGUACAUUCUUCAAGGACUUCCAUUUCGACUUGGCAUACACUAUCAAAAGCCUGCUAGGAACCUCGAAAGAUAGUCAAGCUAUCCUCUUCAACCCACGACGGGGAAACACGCUGGAUAUGUUUGUAGAAGCAGCAGAAAGUCUUGCACUUAACGUUGAAAUCAAGGAGCAGUAUGACGAGCAUCUUUGGUCUGUCCACCAACAUUUGUUGAAAGGGGAUCGAAAAGGAUGGCCCAAUUACGACAGCAAUCAUUGUUAUCCACUUUUUUUGUCGGUGACAAGUCGUGAAACGGUAUAGGUGUAGUAUAGUUAGAUUAGUCAUAUCACAAAUCUCAGUCUUCUGAUUCAUCUUUCUCAGAUGCUCUGUACAACUCAGGAUUGUCUGGAUUGAAAAGUGGUGAAAAGGGCUUGUCCGAGGCUUUUAAGGUCAGUCCUCAGUCUCCAUCUUACACAACAAUGUUUCUCUGAGAGUGCACACUUAUGUAUUUUCUUUAAACUCUGUGCACUACUCAUGACCAUAGAAGAUCUGCUGAACUCUCUGUACUAGAUCAAGAGAUUACAUACACUUGAUCCACAUAUUAUGGCAUACCUUUCACAGGUUUGUGUGCAACAGGCAGAGUUUUGUGUGAAGUUAGGAUCUACGCAUCUUGUCGAAGGUUUAGCUGGGCUGUAUCAAUUUGAUGUGAAUUUCGUUUGAAUCUAUUAAAAUCCACAUGG